CAAAGAACAAGGAGCCAAACUGUUUUAGCUUUGUUGUGAGGACAAAGUAAGGCAACAGAGGCAGUUAUAACCGCACUCUUUCAAUCUCAUUUACUAGUGUUGUUCUGAUGAGUUCGUCGCAGUCUCUUUCAGCUCACAAUUUGAAAGAUCUAUUAGAUUCCGUCGAAGCUUUUCUCUUCGAUUGCGAUGGUGUGAUUUGGAAGGGUGAUGAACUUAUCGAUGGCGCUUCUCAAACUCUCGACAUGCUUCGCUCCAAGGGGAAGAAGCUGGUGUUUGUUACGAAUAAUUCCUGGAAGUCUAGAACUCAGUAUGCUGAAAAGUUCAAAUCCUUGGGAAUUUCUGUUUCUCCGGAUGAGAUAUUCUCCUCAUCGUUUGCAGCUGCUAUGUACUUGAAGGUUAACAAUUUCCCUUCACAAAACAAGGUGUAUGUGAUUGGCGGGGAUGGUAUACUGGAUGAGUUGCAGCUUGCUGGUUUCACAGCUUUUGGUGGUCCGGGAGAUGCGGACAAAACAAUAGACUGGAAGCAGAGCGGCAUUUUUGAACAUGAUAAGAGUGUUGGAGCUGUAGUGGUUGGUAUAGAUCCAAAAAUUAACUAUUACAAGCUUCAGUAUGGAACCCUUUGCAUACGCGAAAAUCCAGGAUGCCUUUUCAUUGCCACCAACCGUGAUGCCGUUGGGCAUAUGACUCCUUCCCAAGAAUGGGCUGGAGCUGGGUGUAUGGUUGCAGCCAUAUGUGGAUCAACCCAGAAGGAACCUGUUGUUGUGGGGAAACCAUCAACCUUUAUGAUGGAUUUUUUAAUUAAGAAAUUCAAUUUAAAUUGCUCCAAGAUGUGUAUGGUGGGUGAUAGACUAGAUACUGAUAUACUGUUCGGACAAAAUGCUGGUUGCAAAACUCUUCUAGUACUUUCAGGUUGCACAACUCAAUCAGAUUUACAAGACCCUUCAAAUAAUAUUCAGCCAGACUAUUAUGCUACCAAAAUUUCUGAUAUGCUCGACUUAUCAAGAGCAUAAAUAGAUUUUCCGCAUUUAAGGCACUGCUUUCACCCCAUUUGGUUUGUGCCUUCCACAUACCUGACUUUGUAAUCACAUUGAUACAAUUUUCACAAUUUAUUAUAGUGGCAGGUUCCCCAUUUUCUGCCACCUUACUUUUGUUUAUGCUUUUGUGGUAACUUAAGCCAAGCAUCAUCCCAUGUGUAGUAGAACCAUUGGAUAUAUUGUUGAUGUUAAGAAGUGUGGUUAGGCCUAACUCAACCCUACAAAACCGGCUUGUAGGGUGGACAUGUUCAGGCCAUAUAUUGUCCGAUGUGGGACUCUUAACACACCCCCUCACGCCCAGGACUAGACAACUGGAGCGCGGAAAUAAAUGGUGGGUGGCCCGAUAGCGGAAACCAUAGAAGGUGGCCCACCGGAUCUUAAACGAGGCUCUGAUACCAUGUUAAGAAGUGUGGUUAGGCCUAACUCAACCCUACAAAACCGGCUUGUAGGGUGAGGAUUGCCCUCACUUAUAAGGACAUGUUCAGGCCAUAUAUUGUCCGAUGUGGGACUCUUAACAGUUGAAAUGCUUAAAACAGCAUCUGUUCAUUGUUGAAUUACCAUUCGUGACUCUUAAGCAACAUCUGUUCAUUGUUGAAUUGCCAGUCAUGACUUGGGUGAAAUUAUUCUGAUGUGUUCAUUCCGAAUAAACUUUGUAUCAAUCAUUCGGCAGUGUUCUUAGUUGGUUUUGGCUUUUAUCUUCUUGCACCAUCUUAUUCUACAAA